AUGGACACUGCCGAAGCCACUCGGCGUUGCUCCCAUCGUGGCCACGGCCUUGUCCACGGCCCCAUCCGCGCCCCCGCGACGCUGGCCUCCCGCCGCCACUGCCGCUCGCCCGCUGGUGCCUCAUCGCGCGCGCACGCGUCGCGCCAUCCGCGCCUCGCGGAUGGCCGCCUCUGCUCCCCCUCGACACGCUCACCGCGGCCCCCACACUGGCCCUCACCCGCGCCGGCCUGCACUCGCGCGUGGCCUCGCCCUACUGCUGCUCGCGCUACCUCCCGCUCCCUGGCACAGCCCCGCGCGCGCCCGUGCCGCGCCGUGCGCCGUGGCUGCUGCCGCUCCUCCCCUACUCUGCUCUGCUGCUCUGCCAUGCUGCGCGCUGCCGUCACCACCGUCGCCUCGCCCCCUGCUUGCCCGCACGCAUCCGCUCCUGCUGAUGUUGCAGCCACCCCGUGCCUCCCCGUCUGCGCCGCUGGUCGCCGUCGCUCCGACCAGCCAGCGCGCCGCCCCGCUCCCCACGUCGCCCGCUCGCGACCACCACCGCCCCGCGCCGUCCCGCUGCAGUUCGCCGGACCCGCCGCUUGCCUCCGCCUCGCUUCCAGUUGCCCGCUGCGGCUCCUCGCGCGCACGUCGCCCCGGUCGCCGUCUCUACUCGAGACUGCCCGCGGGGACCCCGCCGGCCACCGCGGCCAUCUGCGCCAGCCUCCCGCUCCAGUUCCACCCCUCCGCCGCUUCCCCUGGCCGGCGUCAUGCGCGCCGACGGCCGUGCCGAUGGCCUCGCCCGAACCAGCGCUUGGGCUCGCCCCUAGACGCCACAUCAGCGCCCGGUCGCCACCGCCGCCGAAGCCCGCCCGGGCCCGGGGCAAGCCCUCCCGGCCUGCGAGCCCUGCCCGCGCCUCCUCCGCACCCCCGGCUGCCCUCGCCGUCCCGCGCCGCCGCGGCUCCCCCGCCGCCCGCCGCCCUACGCCGGACGCCGCAGCGCCUGUCGCCGCGCGCCGCCGCCUCCUGUCGCCGGCACCACGCCCCUCCACCGCCGUCCUCCGCGCCUUCUUCCUCCUCCGACGCCGGCCGCCGCCCCUCUCCUCCGGCCUCCUCCAGCUCCGGCCAUCGGCGAGCCCGAGCUUGAGCCCCGAUCGGAUAUGA